GUAUUUGGUCAAGAUCAUUGAUUUGCCUCUAUAUAUUCUCCCAAGCUUUAUCGAGUGAGUGAAGAGACACAAAAAUGGAGCUCAAUGAACACUACUUGUUUGAAGAACUCUUAGCUUUGAAAAGAGAGAUCAAUUGGGAAUUUGCAAUGCCCACAGACAUUAAUGGCUGGAAUUUUGAUUGCUCUGAUUCUAUGGCAAUGGAUGAACUCAACCUUAGUUACCUUCUUAAUGGCCAAGGUCAGUAUUCUUUUCCCGCCGAUCAGUUCACGGCGGCGGCGGCGGCGAGUACCGGCGAUUCGAUGAGUUUUGAGGUUUACAAUGGGGAAUAUCCGAUUAUGAAUAUGGAAGAGGAGGAGCUUGGAAUUCUGGAGGAUGAAAUUCAUAAUCUUGAAGUUCAGGCCAAUUGUAAAGUGGAAGCUGUUCAAUCUCCUGAAGAAAUCGUUCCCAACGCCGGCGAUUUUGGGCAAAAAAUCGUGAAUUCCAAUCGGAAGAAACUUCAGGGGCAGCCGUCGAAGAAUCUCAUGGCGGAGAGACGGCGGAGGAAGCGCCUCAAUGAUCGCCUCUCCAUGCUCCGAUCCAUUGUCCCCAAAAUCAGCAAGAUGGAUCGAACCGCGAUUCUUGCGGAUGCGAUUGAGUACGUGAAGGAACUGGUGGAGAAAAUCAAGAAUUUGCAGACGGAAAUUGAAGCGGGGAAUGAUCCGAAUAAGUUGGGGAUUUUGAGAGAUUUAAAAAGGAAUGAAUAUUCGGUGAGAAAUUCGGCGAAGUUCAAUGUGGAGAGGAGAGAGGGGGAGACUGGGAUAGAGAUUUGCUGUGCGGCCAAGCCAGGCCUGUUGCUGUCCACUGUCCAAACUCUCGAAGCGUUGGGGCUUGAUAUUCAGCACUGUGUCGUUAGCUGCUUCAAUGACUUCGCAAUCCAAGCUUCUUGUUCUGAGGGAGAGGAGCAAAGAAGUCGUAUGAGCACGGAAGAAGUAAAGCAAGCGUUAUUUCAAACCGCUGGGUAUGGAGGAAGAUGCCCGUAGAACAAAUCUAAUUAGAUUUGGUGUAACAGCCCAUGCCUAUCGCUAGCAGAUAUUGCAUACUUUGGCUCCUUA